CGCUCAGCCGCGGUGUCAAACCCGUGACCUCCCGUGACCUUUUUUUGAGCCUCAUCCGGCUCCGUGACCUGACACCGGGCGAUGGCCUUUUUGUGCUGAUCCACCAGCUGGAGGCCUGUCUUUGUUAUUUUUCAACGCGAGCCGUGGAGUUUGUUUCAUACAGGAAGCUUCUGGUCUGGGACAACUGUCAGGAAAGCGUGUUCCUCUAACCGAAUGUCGUCCUCCGCGCUCAUCGCCGCGACAAUAACGAGGCCGUCUCAUAGGAAAGGAUUUAUUGCUCAUCUCUAGGCCUCAAGCUCUGACCUGCACAGACAUGAGCCAAAAGGACACCUCCGUUCAGGAUCAGCUUAAGACUUAUUAUGGCAAACGACUGAAAAGAUCGGAAGAUUUGCAAACCGAUGUUGCCUGCUACAAAACAUGCACCCCCCUCAGUAAAUCAGCUGCUGAUGCUAUGAGACUCAUCCAUCCAGAGGUUACUCAAAGGUAUUUUGGAUGUGGGCUUGUAGUGCCAGAAAGCCUCGAAAGAUGUCAUGUGUUGGAUCUGGGAAGCGGGUCUGGGAGGGACUGCUACAUCCUGAGCAAGUUGGUGGGACCUAAUGGCCAUGUCACAGGAGUAGACAUGACUGAUGAGCUAAUUCAACUCUCCCGCAAGUACAUCUCAUAUCAUCAGGAGAAGUUUGGAUACAAGGAAACAAACACGGAAUUUAUCCAGGGAUACAUCGAGAAGCUUGGAGAAGCUGGGAUUCAGUACAACAAAUUUGACGUUCUGGUUUCGAACUGUGUGAUCUGCCUGUGCCCAGAUAAAAAGGCAGUCUUUGCGGAAGCCUACCGGGCCCUUAAGGAAGGUGGAGAGAUGUAUUUCAGUGACAUGUAUGCGAGUGAGCCUGUGGAUGAAAAACUGAAGGAGGAUUCAGUGCUUUGGGGGGAGGGGCUGGCAGGUGCUCUCUAUUGGAAGGAUCUGAUCAGUCUGGUGAAGGAGCUUGGAUUCAGCACACCGUAUCUUGUUUCUGCAAGUCACAUUGAAAUCCAAAAAGCUGAACUUCUCCGGAAGACUGGAGAUGUGAAGUAUGCAUCUGGAACAUAUCGAUUUUUCAAACUCCCUUUUUGUGGGACUGAUGAGAGAGCUUUGGUCACUUAUAAAGGGACAGUGACUGACCACCAGGAGAAGCUGACAUUUGACUCCGUUCACACUUUCGAAAAGGACAAAACAGUGGCUGUGGAUGGAGAGCUGGCCUUGGUGCUGAAGAUCUCACGUUUCGCACCUCAUUUCAUUGUCCAACCUGCUGAGUGCAAGGUACCAGUAAAAGAUGGAGCCCAGCAGUAUUGCCACCUGAAUCCCUUCCAGUUGGCUGAUAAACUGGGAUCAUCCAUUCAGAAAUGCUCCAAGACUCAAAAAGAUGGUCCUUGUGAAGAUCAAACUGAAGCGACAAGGAAAUGUGUAGAAACAAAAAGCUAACUAUACAUGGAAUAUGAACUGAAGACAUCUCACUGCUGCAGAUUCAGCAAGCAUGAAUAAAAACAGACAGAAGAAAACAAAGUUGCCAUUAUUUCAUUGCUUCCUGUUUUAAGACUUCAACUUUGUGACCUGAGAUAGUAGGAACUGCCGAUGCUGGAGAAUCUGAGAUAACAAGGUGUGGAGCUGGAUGAACACAGCAGGCCAAGCAGCAUCAGAGGAGCAGGAAAGCUGACGUUUCGGGUCUGGACCCUUCUUCAGAAAUGGGGAAGGGGAAGGGGAAGUGUUAAAAGCAAAUUGGAGAAAUAUAUAUUCACCAAGAACCGAAAGAUAUUCAGAAAUUUUGCUGCUGCUGAGAAUAUGAAUCAUCAACUUAAUAACCGGGGUCGCACCUUAAACCUAACUCCUUAUGGACGUUUCAAACUGUAUACACUUGAAUUUCCUUCUUCAUACUAGACACUGUCUCUUUUGAAAUGUUAUAUCUAUGUUUGCGUGUGUGCUUGAUGUCUCAUUUUACUUUUCUUCUCAGGAUCAGUAAUUAAUAAAAUUCUCCUUUCUUUCACUGAA